AUGGAGGAGGAAUUUCAAGAAUCCGAAGUCAUUUUUCAAGAAAACAUUUCAAACGAAGAAAUCCACGAAGAAAAUGAUCAAGAAGAGUACUACAAACUCCAAAAUCGAGAUUCUAUCCGUUCAAACACUAGGAAGCUGCAGAGUAGAAAGAGGCCGAAGCGAAUGUCCAAUUCCGUCCCCAUUAAUAUUCCCGAGAACUUGUCUAGAAAUAGUUCAUGGUUCAAGUACGUGGAAAAUAAUGAAUCGCGGUUUUUGGAAGACGGUGAAUACGAUGACGGAGAAAUGGUGCCACCACAUGUGAUCACCAGCCGGAGAAUCGCCGGAAAAAUGAUGACAUUUUCUGUUUGUAGUGGUUAUGGAAGGACAUUAAAGGGAAGAGAUUUGAGUCAAGUAAGGAAUUCAAUUCUUAGGAUGACUGGUUUUCUUGAAACAUAA